CAGAUUUCUACCCUCAUCGACAACGUCCCUAGCUUAGCCGACGUCUCACUCUCGCAAGUCACGACAUUCAUGGAUUGCUGUGUCGAGCUACGCGACGACUUCGCUCUCGUCCAGCCUGCCAAACGCAAGACUGACAUCGAUCCACCUCCAUCAAUACCCCGGCCCCACAUCAAGUGGCUUUCCACUGUCACGAAGCUCGACAUCACCACCCUCGAGCGCCUGUGGGCUCUUCUCAAGCGAUCUGUAUGGUCCAUGCCACGCUCAGUGGAACGACACCAAGACCUUGCUACGCUUUUCGAGGAAACUGGCUGGGCGGUGAAAAUCCCUCUCGUGAACAUAUAUCCACCUGGCCGCGUUUGCGACGGCAACGAUUGUCAGAAGGACUCUGAGAUGCGAACUCAGACUAUAGGAGAAGCGGUCGCCUUCACAAUGGACUUCGGCAUUCAAUUCGCGAAGGUCGUGAACAUGAAAAUGGUCAAGACUGUAUUCAGCAUCCCCGGCGCUCGGAAGCCCGAGUUCUGGAUAUACGAUACCGCAUGCGAGGCCAAACAGCAAGCGAUGUCGGACCCAUGGUGGGACGACGUGGCCAUGGUCGUCGACGUCUGGCACCUUCUGAACAAACACAAGGCAACGCACGACUUUUGUCAGAGAUACUGUAACCCUGCAGCGUUCCCGGAGCUACACAAGGAGAACGGCAAGGGAUGGUGGUUCAACACCAGCAUCGCCGAGCAGGUAAAUUUGUGGUUAGGAUCUUAUCACUUGAUAGAACUGAGAGGACAAACUGAUGUAACCCAAAGUUUGCAAUCCAUAGGAGAUUUACUGUAUUUACACCAAUCUUUACUAUUCAGCUAUACACGGGAUCUUAUUCUUCUUCUUAAUGUCUGAGGAGAAUGAUGAAGUAACC